AUGUGGCUGAACUUUCUUGGUGAUGUAUCACAAUCCGAAGUCGAUAUUUUACUUCUGUCCACCGCAUUCAAGUUUCUCCUGUUCCCAGCAUAUCGCUCUACGGAUUUCGAGGUCCACCGAAACUGGCUGGCCAUAACACAUUCACUUCCCAUUUCUCAAUGGUAUUAUGACACAACUUCUGAGUGGACGCUGGAUUACCCUCCAUUCUUUGCAUAUUUUGAGAAGCUGAUGUCCAUACCCGCUUCAUUCAUCGAUCCCAAGAUAGUUGACCUCCAAAAUCUUCAAUAUAAUGCAUGGACGGUCAUUGUAUUCCAACGUCUGACAGUCAUUAUUUCUGAGCUUGUCCUUGGUGCGGCACUUUUGAGGUUUAUCCGUGAUUCUGUUGAUCCCUCUCGUCAACGAAUUCUCUCGGCGUCCCUGUUUCUUCACCCGGGGUUCCUUAUAAUUGACCAUAUACACUUCCAAUACAAUGGGUUCAUGUUUGGAAUAUUGCUAUGGUCGAUUUUAAUGGCUUGCGAAGGCAGAAAACUUGCAAGCGGCAUACUUUUUGCUGUUCUUUUGAAUUUCAAACACAUUUACAUGUAUCUGGCGCCUGCAUACUUCGUUUACCUUUUGCGGUCUUACUGCAUGUCUCCCGCGGGGGCGAUCAUCGCCACUCGCUUUAUCUCACUAGCGAACUCUGUCCUACUUGUGUUCCUGGCCUCUCUGGGACCAUUCGUGUUGAUGGGCCAACUCCCGCAACUCCUUUCCCGCUUGUUUCCUUUUACACGUGGGCUGAAUCACGCUUACUGGGCACCAAACGCAUGGGCCUUGGUCACUGCCGCAGACCGUGUCCUUUUACAGUUGGUAAAACACCUGGAUGUCGGGCUCGCAGUGAAUGAAUCUGGCGUUGUAUCGACGUCCCGCGGCCUUGUAGGCGAUACGGUCUUUGCCGUGAUUCCAAAUAUCAAGCCCAUCCACACGUUCAUUAUCACAAUAAUCUUCCAGAUGGUUUAUCUCAUUAAGCUAUGGAGAGCACCAACUUAUAAGUCGUUCGUGGCUGCGUUGACGCUUUGUGGCUACGCUUCAUAUAUGUUCGGGUGGCAUGUGCAUGAGAAGGCCGUUCUGCUCGUAUUAGUGCCUCUUACGCUUCUGGCUUCGGAGAACUAUGCGUAUUACAAGACCUUCGUUAUCGCAAGUGUCGCGGGUAUCUUCUCGCUCUUCCCCUUGAUCUUUACGCCAGCAGAGACACCACUAAUAAUUAUCUAUUCCCUCAUAUGGGGAGGAACGGUAUUAUACCCUCUUCACAAGCAGCUUUACGAGUUUCCUUCAUCACUGCCUUGGGUUCUGCUGGAGAGCUUCGAGAAUGCAUACCUAUAUGGUUUUGCACUUCUUCAGGUUUUCGUCACACUAUUCCCUCUCAUGACUGGUAGGAACCCAGACACUGAAUUUUUGCCCCUGAUGGCAACAAGUGUUUACUGUGCGGUGGGACUGAUAUGGUCAUUCAUCCGGCUCAGUACUCUAUACAUUACGCAGCAGUACUAG